CUGGCUGCUUAUUGCCGAUCCCUAAAUUAUCAUCGCUGGUUAUUACAGACGACGCCUCCCUCCAUCCCACAGAUUGACGCCAUCUGGCUGUAGCUAUCAUCCUAUUGCUGCCAGCCUAUUUCCAGAUCACGACGUUGGUGUAAUUGGUGUCCUUGCGCGAGAAUCACCUAUCUUCUGCAAAUUUUCUUUCUCAAUCCCAAAAGCCUUUGGCUAGAAAUUAAGGUAAUAGGAAGGAUGAAUAAUGAUACGGUCUUGGAGGCAGCGAGGGCGAAGAGAUGGAUGGAUGCUGGCUGGAGGAGUUUAUUAUUUAAUAUAUAAGUUUGAAUUAUUAUAUUUUUAAGGGCAAGAACCCAAAGUUGUAUUUUGAUUAAAUACUUAAAGGCUUCCGCACCGUUUUGAUUUACUCUGAUGGAUAUUUAAAUAUUGUUUUGAAUUAAAUGUUUUAAAUUGUUUUAGGAAAUUAUUGUGUUUGAAUGCCAAUUUAGUAGCAACCCCAUCCGCUGGUCUUUGUAUUCGGGUCACGCGGGUUGGGGUGUUACAGGAAGGGGUUAAAAGUUUUAUACAGUUUGCAGAGAUGAAUGCUCUUACACUUGAAGGGAAGUUCUAUUGUCCAUGUAGACAUGGUAUGAAUGUGUGGACUUGUAAUGCUUCUGAUAUGCUUGAUCAUUUAAUAUGCAAUGGGUUUAAUGAGGCGUAUACAGAAUGGAUAUGGCACGGGGAAGUGCAAGAUCCUACUACGUACAAGGAUGACAUGUGUGAUGAAAAAGAAGAUGAAGAUCGGUUAGGGGAUAUGUUUUGUGAUGUUAGGGAAGAAUUCAUUGAUCGACCAGAGGAGUUGACCAAAAUGUUAAGUGAUGCAGAAAAAUCUUUAUGGCCUGGAUGCACAAAGUACAAUACAAUGGAAUCCCAACAAGAUGAAGAAACUAGUGCUCACAACUCUCACAGUACUGAACCAGAAGGAAACAAGAACAUUUUUAGGAAGAGAGGCCCUACUUAUAUGAUAUCAUUUCAACAAAAGAUUGAUAGCGGUCGUGCACCACCUCCUAAAAUACACUUUGAUAAAUAUGGACGACCAACUGGAGAAGAGGAAGACGUCGCUAGUUUUGAGAGUUUUUUGGGAAUGCUAUCUAAGACAAGAGUGGAGAUCACAUUAAGAAGUUGGAAAGACUAUCCAGAACCAAGAAGGGAGCUUUUGUGGCAACAUACAUUGGCGUUGAGGGAAAAAAACAAACAGAAUGAUUUAAAACACAAGCACCCACAACGUGGACGUGGAGGGUAUAGACUCGUGAAGAAGAAAAUUAAAAAAGAAAAGUUAUUACAGAUGCAGUUAGAUCUAAAUGAUCCUGGAUAUGCGAUUGACCCUCCAUCACCUCCUCGCCAUGAGGUUUGGAUGAGAGCACGCCAAGAUGAGAAAGGAGCUUAUUUAUCAGAAGAGACGACAGAAAUAGCUACAAUAAUUUCACAAUACUCAGAAGAAUAUGCACGUGGGGAAUUUGUAGUAAAAGGCAAAGCAGAUAUCUUGGCAGCUGCUCUACAUAAUCCAGAGCACCCUGGUCGUGUUAGAGGUGAGCAAGGAAAGGUUGGUUGGAAAGAUAACUUUGGACGUAGUAAAUGUUUGGAUGCUGAAAUCUCAAAAAAAGAAUUUGAGGACCUUAACAAGAAGUUGAAGCAGAUGGAAGCUGACAGAGAAAAUGGGCAUGAAAAGUACAUAUCAGAUUUUGAAUCUAUAAGAGCUGAAAUGCGAGCAGAGCUAAAAGCUAGAGAUGAUGUCUUAAUGAAGCUAUUGGGACAAAUGACUGGCACUUUACCAAAUGAUGAUCGACAUGUGGAAACAUCAGUGGGCCAUAAUGUUCAUAUGGAUAUCCCUCCUGAAUCAACUAGACAGUUUGAGAACAUGCCACCAGUUAUCUUAUCUUCAACUAAAAGGAUCAGACCGACGCAAUUAGAUGACAAGAUGCGCUUAUCUUCAAACCAAAAGAAUACGAAAGCAUCCAAAGCAAAAAUGGAGAAAAUACAUGAAAAGAAGGCAACCGAAACUUUUGCAAAACGAAAAGGGAACCAAAUGAUUAAGGCAUCCAAACGAAAGGAAGAAAGUGCAAUGCCUAUAUGUGAUAGCUUUGGGCCUUUUACAUGGGAUGAACACAUGAAAACUGCCUAUCACAUUAUAGAUGCUACUCAAAAAGAGCCAAUGGUUCACAUCACUAGUGAUAUUAUGCGACAUGAGAUUUACUUUUUCAUCUCUAAAGAUGAUAUAAAAGAUCUCAUGGAAAUGAAGGCUUUAAAUGUUUCGAUUCUUCAAUAUUGGAUGUGGGUUCUUUAUGAUCAGUUCGAGUUAUGUGGAAAAAACACAUAUCGAUUUCUAGAUCCUGGAGAGAUUUCUGUAAAGAGUCACAAUGGUGAGAGUAUUCUUGAAAUCAAUAACAAUCGCAUCCGUUAUGUUGAAAAUACCUUGAAGGGUGACUCUAUAGAAUGUUGGUUGGCACCCUAUGACGCAGGGAUGCCGAAUGUCGCAAAGUUGAUCUCAAACAUAUAAUAAACUCGGCAUUUUUCAACUUAAAGUACCAAGGCAAAUCACAUUACGUACAGCCUCGGAAGGGUCACCCAA